GCAUAUUUGAUGUUGCGUUGUGCGCAAGACUUUAGUCUCUGAGUCGUGUUUUUUUGCAUUACACCUCCGCGUGCAUCAGCGUUAAUACACGCGCGACGAUUAUAAAAAGAUUACGUGUUACCUUUGCGCGAGGUUUGCAUUGUCACCGUUGUCCGACAGACGAGCAUGGCCGAGAACGAGGCGAUGGAGGAUUUCGAGCCCUCCAUCAAAAAUGUGAUCGAGCAACGUUCCUUACGAUGGAUAUUCGUGGGUGGCAAAGGCGGAGUCGGGAAAACAACUUGCAGUUGUUCUCUGGCAAUACAGCUAUCCAAGGUUAGAGAGAAUGUACUUAUCAUAUCCACAGAUCCGGCACAUAAUAUUUCCGAUGCAUUUGAUCAGAAAUUUAGCAAAGUACCGACAAAGGUUAAGGGUUUCGAUAAUUUAUUUGCCAUGGAGAUCGAUCCUAACGUUGGUAUUACAGAAUUACCAGAGGAAUACUUUGAUAGCGAAGGAGUUUCAGGAGGAGAAGCAAUGAGAUUAAGCAAAAGUGUUAUGCAAGAAAUUGUUGGUGCAUUUCCUGGUAUAGAUGAGGCAAUGAGCUAUGCAGAAGUUAUGAAGCUUGUGAAAGGAAUGAACUUUUCCGUUGUGGUAUUUGAUACUGCACCUACUGGACAUACUCUAAGGCUACUAUCAUUUCCACAAAUAGUUGAGAAAGGAUUGGGAAAAUUAAUGCGUUUGAAAAUGAAGAUUAGUCCUUUCAUCUCACAGAUAAGCUCAUUGUUGGGAUUGGCAGAUUUCAGUGUAGAUACAUUUUCCAAUAAGAUGGAGGAAAUGCUUGCUGUCAUUCGACAAGUUAAUGAACAGUUUAGAAAUCCUGAUCAGACGACAUUUAUAUGUGUCUGCAUAGCAGAAUUUCUAUCACUAUACGAAACAGAACGACUUGUACAAGAAUUAACAAAAUAUGGUAUUGACACCCAUAAUAUCAUAGUGAACCAACUGUUAUUCUUAAAAGAAGGAGAUUUCCCUUGUCGGCUAUGUCUCGCAAGGCAUAAAAUUCAGGAGAAAUAUCUAGAUCAGAUAUUGGAUCUUUACGAGGACUUCCACAUAACACAGCUUCCUUUAUUAGAAAGGGAAGUACGCGGAGCUCAACAGGUCAGGGAAUUUUCAGAAAAUCUCAUUAAACCAUACAAGCCUUAGCAUUUAUGUAAUUAAUGAUUAAUAAUACAAUAUAUACUUUAUAUCUCGAAUUCGAAGUUUUAUACACUUGCAACCUCGUGUUAGAAAUUUGUAUAAAAAAAGCUAAACUUUUAUUAUACUUCUCGAUGUUUCUUAUUGCACAUGUUAAUAAAUUCAGUGUUGCAUUGUGCGCACUAUGUAUUUGCAAUAUUAAUUUGUAUUAUACAAGUUAGCUUAUGUGACAGAAUAUGUAGAAUAUGUAUAUACAUAUAUGUAGAAUAUGUAUAUACAUAUAUGUAUAUACACAUACGGAAAAAUGCAUAUUAGAAAAAUGUACAUCAAUCAUACGCACUUACUUUUAUAUCAUUAAAAACAUACUUAUUUAAUCACUGCAAGUUCUUUUCCAAUUUGUAUAAAAGCGUUCACAGCAUGGUUUAUAUCAUCGAUCGAAUGUGCUGCGCUAAUUUGAACACGUAUUCUUGCUUUGUCUUUUGGUACUACAGGAUAACUGAAUCCAAUAACGUAAAUUCCCUUUUCUAUAAGAAACAUAUUCGCUCAAUGCAAUAGAAUAAGAUGUAAAACUUUAAAAAGAAUGCAAUAGCUUUCUGCUGUUUAUUUUAUAAUAUAUAUAAUUUUUUUAAUACUUUUGUUAUUUUUAAGGAAAAAAAAUACAUACCCAUCAUUUUAUCUGCAAA